UUUUAGAGAAAUUCGGCGGCUCAAUAAAGAUGUACAGCAAUACGAACAGGCGAUAAUUAAUCUGAGGAAUGAGUUGUCGCUGAAAGCUCAACAGAAUUCAAAUGUAUCUAAGAAAGAUGCCGAAGUGAUGGCCGGAAUGUGUUGCACCGGAAAUGAGUGAAGUUUGGCGCAGUGCGGUGACUGGGAGCCGGUGCGGGAGUGCAGCAUGUCGGCACAGGAGGUCGCCGCCUAUCAGGAGCGUAUACAGAAGAUGGAGGCUAACCUGAAGGAAAGCAGCUGCAGCGUGCGAGCGCUGCGCAAAGUAAACGCGGGUCUCAGCGAAGAAGUGCACGCGCUGCGACACGCCUGCGCCGCGCUGCAGGAGCAGUGCCGAGCUGCAGCACUGCACGCGCAGUUCAAGGACGACAUCAUCCGCGAGAUGCGGCGCCAGCUGCACCAGGCCAAGGGCAAGCUGAAAGAGUUGUCGGACCCAAAGAGGGGCUGCCUGUCUCCUUCGAGCGGCCGCGAGUGUUCCGCUUCGCUGCAGUCCGUGACCAUUACUUGCGCACGUCACCACGGCGCCGGGGACGAUGCGAUCUCCUCACGCCUUGACUCCGACUAACGGAGCAAAUGAAGAAACAAAGUUAUUCAAACCUGUUGACAUGGUUUUGGCCUGUUCGAUGGAUUAGAGAUAGUCAAGAGUACCCCUUAACUAAGGUUCAUGUAUUGUUUGUAGAUGUUGGUAUUUUGUAUGCUAGUGUUAUUAGAUGUGAACGUAUUUUAAACCAGUUUAAUAGAAGUAUGCUCAUUCUUCACUAUUGUUUAUGAAACCUAAAAAUAUAUUUCUUACUUCCAAUUGUGAAGAAUGAAAAGAGAGAAUAGGUAAUUAGCUUUUUUAAUAACAUUGGUCUUACACUUUUCAUUUAUUUUUUUCUUAAUACUGACGUUAAUUAUUAUUGAUGCAUGGCAAUGGCAAAAUGUUUAUUAACUAUCUGUUAAAAAAAGACAUGUUGAUAAAGAAUGAGUAUUUAGGUAUAUUUAUUGAUUUAACUAUAUAAUUAUGUAUUAACAAAAUUAAAAUUAAUGUAUGAAUUGUAUUUAGUAUUUUUUUUUGUAAUAUUAAGUGGGCAUUUUAGCAGUAAUAUAUAUUAUCGUAGGUAAAGUAAAUAAUGUCGAUGGGAACGAACCACAUCGUUUUCUUGAGCAAGUGACAGUGACAAGUUCUUGUAUAUUAUCUAGUGGGUCAUGAUAUUGACGAUGUAGGAAUUUGAAUCAUGUCGUUGUUAAAUUCACAUUGAUGCUUGAUAAAUUGUUCAAGAGACGGGAAUCGCACAAUCCCAACCAUAAUGUAAAAUCAAAACACAUACAUAGGGUGGGUAAUAAAAUCAUUUAAAAAAAAAUUGUCUUUAGAAAAUUUUUGUUUCUUCGUUAUAAUUUGCAAUUUACGACACCGUUAAUAAGUAGAGACUAUUCAAUUAGUUUCUUCUUAUCUUCAAAGUUGCUGUAGUUCUGGAGACAUAGACAUAAGGAGACUAGUAUUGUAUCAUUUAACGAAAUAAUUAUUCAAUAUGUGUGUUUUUUCGGUAGAAUUAAGUUGCCUCUUGACGUUUUGUCUUCUCAAAUUUUUGAUCCUGACUCCAAGCUAUGUUAUCAAAGUUGUUGCGAUAUCAAUGAAGUUUUAAUUUAUUUGCCAGGGUUCAUAGAGUAGGUACUACAAUUUAUAGCUUAUAAUACUUUCGUGUAAUUACUAUAUCUAUAUUGAGAUUUACAUGUGGCAUAGUGAUAGUAAGAAGUGAAAACUAAAGAAGCGAAGUAUUUAAAUAAAAAAGUUGAUGAAAAACGUGUGAAAUAUUCUACCACUUCUAGAGUGAUAACUGUUGUGUUUUUCGAAAAAAAAAAUAGUGCGAUUCAAACUUAUUGGUAGAUGUGAAGUUAGCACAAGUCGCCUCGCAGUCAAUGGAAUGUAGUGAAGUAGGCGCGCUCGAAAUUUCACUGAACUGAAACCUGCGCAUAGUUGCGCUCGCCGUUGACUUCACAACCGCCUUUAAGUUUGAGGGUUUUCUUGAAUGACGGCUAUCAGGUGGCAGCACUGAGCCGAAAGGUCUAUUCAUUCGUCUAAUACAUUAUGCCGUCAUAUUCUACGGAUAAAUUAAAUUACUCGUUGGAUUAAUUCGCGCCAAAAACUUCAUACAAAAGACUCAAAGUCUCAGUGGCGUCAACUGUUGAAGUAAAUUUUCCUAAGCACCCUCAUUGAUUGUGGUUUUGGAUGGUUGAGAAGCGGAGGGUGGACGCGGAUGUGACGUCACUGCCGGCGCCUGCAUCUUCGCCGGCUGCUGAGGACCACUCCACUGGAGUGACUGGAGUCUUCAUCGUAGAGCCCCCUACCGCAGCCCCCAUCAUCGUAUCCGACGGCUCCGUCGAACGGUUAAAAGGGAACCCGCCGGGGGAACAUGCCGCGCCCGUUGAGGAGCUGUACUUCAACAACUGGCCCAAGAGCGACCCUUCCGUGAUAGGUAAACCUGUCGAUCGAGAAUGCAAACAAAGUAACGAAGUGAAGAGUUGCGGCGGUGGUAGCAACAAUGCCGACGCUCGCCCGUACAAUAAUGAUGAAGUACGCAGUAUGCCAGUUUGCAAGAUCAUGCAGGAGAGUGGCGGCUCGAGUGUGGCCGCGGCGCAGGCGGAGGCGUGCAGCGGCGCGUGGGACGCCGACACGCGCGCGCAUUACUACCACACCCAGCUGCUGGCUACACUACAAGUGCUACAGAACAAGGAGGAGACGGUGCGCGUCCAGGGCGACAGCUUGCGCGUGGCCGAGGCGCGCAUCGCCAGCCUCAGCGCUCGCGUCGACUCCCUGCGUGCGCAACUAGGCGACAAGGCGGCAGAGCUGCGGUGUUUGCGGCGGUCGGACAGAUGCGCGGCGUCGAGGGCGGAUGUCUCCGCGUCGACAGAAACGCAGGUAGACUGCACAUGUGGCUUGGACGAAGAGAAUAUGAGACUGAAGAAUAUUAACGAGAGCUUGGAAAUCCAACUAGGUGAAGUACGCCAGAGAGUGAGUGAUCUGGAAACGACGCUCUUGGAAAAGGAAGACGUGGAACCGUACAAGAGGGAAAUAGAAGAUAGGAAUAAAGAAUUGGAUACCGUCAGAGAGCGGAUAGCAGUGUUGGAACAGAGCGUGGCGGAGAAGGACGCAGCCUGUGAAGAACUCUCCGCGCAAUUGAAGCAAGCCCAGGCGUCCGUGGAGGAGUCGUCGCGUCGGGCGGCGGCGCACGAGGCGGCGGCGGCUGCGAUGCGGGAACGACUGCAGCGGCUGCCCGAUGAGAGCGUUUCUCUUCGCGAGCAGUUAUCGCGGGAGCGGUGUGUGUGCGCACAAUACCGGGACUUGGAACGCACCUACAGACAGCAGUGCAAAAACGCUCGUUGGCUGGAGCAGCAAUUGGAGGAAGCUCAGGCGCGCGGCUCACAGUUAUGUGGCGAUGUUCGGACCGCACUUCACGCUGUGCGACAGUGUCUGAAGGACUACAGAACCCAAGAAAGGAAAAUAAAAGAACAGGAACUCUUAAUAGACUCGUUACAACAGAGAUUAAAAACUAGUCGAAACCACGACAGCAUAAAGUUGGAGGAAGACGCAUGCUGCCCUAACUGCGUCUCUGUCAGACGGAGGAGAUGCCGCGCGGUCGAGAGAGAGACAGCCGGCUGUUCCAAGUGCACGCCCAGAAUGGGAGAGAGACGGAGAAUGUGCUCGGCCACGAGUGGGAGCGAGAUGGCUAGCCCUUCCUCGGUUCCUACCCCGCCGCAACGAUUGGGCAAGGAGGAUGCAUUUCAGUGUUCCGUAGCGGAGUGGGUGGGGUCGUCGCGUCGCUCGUGUGGCUCGCAGCUCCCCCUGCGGAGACACGCCGCCACCUCCCUACCGCUGCCUCUGCGGCCCGCCACCGCCGCGACACCGGAGUCAUCGUGGCAGCUGGAGCAAUGUGCGCGCGCCCUUCAUGACGCCUUGCAGCGAUCAUACCACACCCAGCAGUGAAUCAUAAUACAUAAAUAUUGCUGCUAUAGUAUACUUACUUGAUGCUAAACUCAAUUACAAAUAAAAGACUGAAAUCCGUACCCUCUUAUUAAUAAACUAGGAAUAAGCUUAAGCUAGUUACGCCAUGUUUAUUUAAUAAUUAUAAUAAGUAUUUGUUUCUUAGGUUUUCAC